AUGGCUUAUGGAUCUUGGGGAUGGUUUCCAAUGCCCUGGAAGCGAAGAGACUUAGAGGAGAAGGCUUACUUGUCAAAGGCAGGCUUAGAGGCUCAUUCAAAGAGGCUCCCUACUCAUUCCAAGAAAAGAAGCCAAAAAGAACAGAAAGAAGUCUACGAGCGCCUAUCUCUUCUCUUAUCCACGCAUAUCGGUCUUUCUCCGGCUGCUCCAGGUAGUGCUCUUGGCUACUGCUUGCUUGGGACAUUCUCUACUUACGGCUCUCAGCGGCACCCUCAUUCUAUCAUAGAUCGUAACAACCAGGCCCGUUGA